UCCGCGAAGUAUUUGGAUGGUAAUGCGCAGGCUCAGUACUUGACUUCUUACUCAGUACUCUGAAACCAGCAAUGGCCAAGAAGAGAAAGGCUGGACGAGCAAGCCAGCAGGCUGUUCCUGACAGGACAGAGCGAUACGAUGUCGACGAAAGAUUCGAUGAUUCCGAGGACGAGUUUUUCGCCGGACGAGACAAGGUAUUACUCGACGAAGCGCCAGCCGCAAAGAGAGUACGAAGACUAGAAGAGCAGGAGGAACAAUUACAGUCCUCGGAUGAAGAAGUCUACCAAGACGCUCACGCCGAUGUUGAGGACGAUCUGGAAGACGAUGAUGAUGGUGAUGUAGACUUCGACGCUGAUGCUGGUGAUCAACGGGAUGGAUACGAGGAUGAAGAGUUGGAAGAGAACUGGGGUACGACCAAGGCCGACUAUUACAAUGCCGAUGUGAUCGAGACCGAGGCCGACGCCCUCGAAGAAGAAGCCGAAGCGCGCAGACUGCAGCAGAAACAACUCAAGUCCAUGACCGAGGCCGACUUUGGCUUCGACGAAAGCGCAUGGAUGGAUACUGAGACCCAGAAGACACAAGGCAAGCGUUCUGCGGUCGAAAAGCUGCCGGAACUUCAAAUACCUCCAAAUGCGACGGCCAAGGAACGCACGCAGAUCCUGAAAUAUAGGUACCCCGAGUUCGAACCCUUGGCACAAGACUUCAUCUCGUUACAAGACGAAUACCGUGAGCUGAAGAAGAAGAUCGAGAUAUCUGGUGUACCAAGUGGACAGACUGUUGAGCGCAAUAUAUCUCUGACGAGGUUCUGGGCGCUUUCGUCAUAUCUGGGUGCCGUUGCAAUGUACUUGGCUGUUCUCACAUCCUCGAAAAGCGGCACGGCACUAGCUCCUGGUGAACUGCGAGAACAUCCCAUCAUGAGUAAUCUUGUGCGCUGUCGGGAUCUGUGGCAGGAAGCGCAAGACUUGAAGUCUGUUGAAGUUCCCGCGGCCGAGGAGGAAGUUGUGUCAGUCCAGCCACCUGAGGUUAGGCUGCCUGAGCAAUCUAAGUAUAAAAUUGAAGCGAAGAAGCCCGAAAAGAGCAAGAAGUCGAAGAAAACGACAACAUCAGCAACAAUGACAGGAGAUGUCCUCCCCGAACCAGCUCCAUCACCCAAGAAGACUAAGAAACCCAAGAAAUCUAAGCGGGAUGACCUGAAGGAACUCCUUGCCUCGUCGCUGCAGACGCCCGAGGAUGACGAGUCCGAUUUUGGGGACGAAGUGCCCUUGACUGCGGAGGAGGCCGCAGAGAAGGCAAAGAGAAAGAAGUCUCUGCGAUUCUACACGUCGCAAAUCGCACAAAAGGCCAACAAGAGAGGCGCGGCUUCACGUAACGCCGGCGGCGAUGACGAUGUACCGCACAAGGAGCGUCUUCGUGAUAGACAAGACCGUUUGAUGCGUGAGGCAGAGAUGAGAGGAAGAGAGGCUGCUCAUGGCGAUGAAGAAGUGUUCGACUCGGGAGAUGACGAUACCGGAAUGGGCCGAGAAUUGAACGACGAUGCCAACGAAUAUUACGACAUGUUGAUUUCGAGCAAGAAAGCAAAGAAGGCCGACAAGCAAGCUAGAGCAGAAGCGUACGCCGAGGCCGCUAGACAGGGAGCCCAAGUGUAUGAGGAAGAACAGGUCGGGGCGGAUGGCAAGCGGAAGAUCACGUACGCCAUCGAAAAGAACAAGGGCCUUGCGCCUAAACGAAAGAAGGACGUGCGCAAUCCUCGUGUCAAGAAGAGGAAGAAGUUUGACGAGAAGAUGAAGAAACUCGGCUCCAUCCGACAGGUAUACAAGGGUGGCGAGGGCCGAGGAGGGUAUGGUGGUGAAGCCACAGGUAUCAAGACCAAUGUGAUCAAGAGUAUCAAAUUGUGAAUAAUGGAAUUUGAUUCAACGUCCU